CAUUCCUAUUCAAACCAAACAGAAAAUGGCAUUUUAUAGGGUUUCUCCGUUUCGCUACGGUUCUCUCUCGUCUCUCAUUCCCUAUGUUUCAUCUCCUUCCUCUCUCUCCCCUCCAGUUCGUACAUUUACCCUCUCCGCUUCCAUUUCUACUCCUCACCCAUCCCCUCCUUCGCUCCUCACUGCUUCUCCCAAGGCCAGCGAUCGCUGGAGGCCCAUGUGUUUGUACUACACGCAAGGUAAGUGUACAAAGAUGGAUGACCCUACGCACCUAGAGACAUUCAAUCACAAUUGCUCCAGGGAGCUUCAAGUAAAUGCAGCAAAUUUUCAACAUUUGCAGUCCCAGCAUUUAGAUUUUUUCCUGGUGCUUGAUUUGGAGGGAAAAAUUGAGAUUCUUGAAUUUCCUGUUCUGAUGAUUAAUGCAAAAACAAUGGAUGUCGUGGAUUUGUUCCACAGGUUUGUGAGGCCUUCAGAAAUGUCUGAGCAAAGAAUAAAUGAAUAUAUUGAAGGAAAAUAUGGAAAAUUAGGGGUUGAUCGUGUUUGGCAUGAUACAUCAAUCCCAUUCAAGGAAGUCAUUCAACAAUUUGAAGCUUGGCUGACUCAGCAUCACUUGUGGACAAAGGAGAUGGGUGGACGUCUGGACCAAGCUGCUUUUGUCACUUGUGGGAACUGGGACUUGAAAACAAAAGUCCCUCAGCAAUGCAAAGUAUCGAAGAUGAAGCUUCCCCCAUACUUUAUGGAGUGGAUCAACUUGAAGGAUGUUUACCUAAACUUUUACAAGCGGAGGGCCACAGGAAUGAUGACAAUGAUGAAGGAACUACAGAUACCGCUCUUGGGAAGUCACCACCUUGGAAUUGAUGACACAAAGAACAUAGCAAGAGUAUUACAACGCAUGUUGGCUGAUGGUGCACUCUUGCAGAUUACUGCAAGGAGGAAUGCUGAUUCUCCUGAAAAUGUUGAAUUCCUUUUCAAGAACCGCAUAAGGUAGCAGCUACCGCCAGGAUCAGCUUUCUCUGGAUCUCCUUCCCUUGGUACAUUUCUGCUUGUUUGUAUUAUUGAGUGAUGGUUAUGAAUUGGUGUCCCAUGUUCAAGGCAACAAGGAUCCUUAUCCCUGUAUCUUCAUAGGGUCUUUCCAGAGAAAAUGGCUUCCAUAUGGGAAGUUACCCACCAUUGACAUGCCAUGUUUGUAUAAGGAUAUCAAAGUUAAUGAGGUAACCCAGUUCUUUUUUAAGCA